UUGUGUAAAAAAUGGAAUUUUUGUAUUUGACGCUCAACUGAAGUUCUAAUAAUGAAACAAGCUCACAACUGAUAUUUGCUAGAGUAACUACACAAAUCUCAACUAUGUCGGAUGACGAAAUAAGCACCCAGUGCUCUGGCAUGUAUGCCUUGGGCGAGCAUAUGGACAGUUUUAACGUGGAGACCUCGGCGGUGCACCGAAAGCUGCAAAGCAAAUUAGAGGCUCUCCGAAUUUUACGACAAGAAUUGGAACAAUUUCGCGUAGAGCGGGAUCAGUACAAACUUAUGGCUGAGACGUUGCAGUUGCGGUAUUCGGCGCUGAAACGCAAUAGCGAGCUUCUUGGUGGGAUCGGGUAUGGUGGGCUAAGUGAGAACUCGAGCGUGGCGGCACUGCUACACGAGACUCGUGAACAAAAUCUUAGGCUUAACACUGAGGUGGAAGCACUGCGUCAAAAACUGGGCGAGUUGAAAGGUGACAUCGAGGUUUUGCGAAAAAAGGAGGCAAGUACCAAGUCCAAGGUAAAAGCCAUAGCAUCUGAGAAUGCUGCGCAUAGCAAAGAUGAACUUCAAUGGAAACAUGAACGUGCGAAUUAUAUAUGCCAUUUGGAGACACUAAAGAAAAAGAAUGCGCAGCUAGCUUUUGAUUUCAAAGCCAUUAUUGAUGAAAAAGAGGAAUUAAUAACAGAACGGGAUGCCUACAAAUGCAAAGCGCAUCGUUUGAAUCAUGAAUUGUUCGUGGCACUGAAGGCCAAUGAAGCGCAUCCAAAGUUCCUCGAUAUUGAUGGCGUGUUAUUAGAAAAUAAGUACCUGCAUGAACGAGUUAAGCAUCAGGAGAAUGAGCUUGAAUUAACAAAGGAAUCUGUCAAUAAGUACAAGACCAUGCUGGAAGCAAAACGCAAGAAAGGUAUUAUAAAGCUUGGUGGUAGCACCAACGAUGAAACCAUUUUAAGUCCCAGACAAGUCAAAACCAUUUUGGAAAGCGGCAUCGACUUACCUGCAAAAACGGAAACCAUACACGACUUAAAGUCAUUGUCCUUGGCACUGCUCGAUAAUUUAAACGACAAGAACUUGGCUUUAAGUCAUCAAAAGAAGACGAACAAAAUCCUAGCUAACAAAAUAGCUGAGCUGGAACAACGUUUGAAACAACUAAUUACCGGUGACACCGACAAUGACGAUGAGUUUUCAUAUGCGCCCUCGCAGCUCCUGCUUAAUGGCUACUGCGCCGCCAUGGUCGACGAUGAUGAAACGCCACCAGCUACACCAAAGGAAACUGGAACCACAUCGAAAGAGCUCGAAGAGCAGACACACUUGCGGCCCAACGGUUGUGGAGGCGUGGCCCAAUCCGAUGAUGGCAUGUCAUCGUUAUCAACGGAGUCUGCCAACAGUGUACUCUCUUCCGAAUAUGGAAUUGAUGUUUGUCUGAACGAUGUUGGGCAUAAUACUGUGGGCGCCUAUAAAUCGUCUUCGACAACAACUGAUUCAGGGAAUUGUGGCUUUAACACACGUUGCAAUGGCACGCCACGCAUCUCCAGCACCAUUGCUAGGGAACGCAGCGAGGAUCUCAAGGAUUUGCCUCCUCAUUUGGCAGCGUUGGUACAAAAAACUCUGCAUGAACUGGAUAUGCGUGAUUAUGAGGCUAUGGUGACCAUACGUGCGGAAAAUGCAGCAAAGCAUUAAAAGAUGCUUGCCAGUUGUGAAUAACUAGUCCAAAAUAAAUACAAUACAAAAUA